AUUCACCAGAGUAAGUUAUACCAACAAGGUGGACUCAAGGGUGUCACCCAGUAAUGAAUAAAAUGCAUUGAUAAUUAUGCAUGAAAUUUCGAUUUCAAAUCUCACUACAGACAAAAAUACAUGGUGAUUUUUUCUCAUCUGUUUUACUUUUGAUGAAUAGAGUUAUUUGAUAUUUGUUACUGGUAGAAGUUCGAGGAGCCAAAAGCUAACACGGAAGGUUAUAAAAAAGGAGUUACACCAACAUAUUUAAGCCAAAAAGUUGGUGACCAUAAUACUACUAUAUAUACACACUCCAUUCCCUCUAUUUUACAUAUAACUUUUCAACAAAAGUACCUUAGCUAAUUCUAUUCCAUCAGUACCCUUGUCUAUAUCAUCUUAUCUUAUCAGAAAAAAAUUCUUGUUAGCUAGCAUGCCAUCAGUUUCCGGCCGAGUCGUCUGUGUUACCGGUGCCGGAGGCUUCAUCGCCUCUUGGCUCGUUAAACUUCUUCUGGAAAAAGGCUACACUGUUAGAGGAACCGUAAGGAGUCCUGAUGAUCCAAAGAAUAAUCAUUUGAGGGAACUUGAUGGAGCAAAAGAGAGGCUGACUCUUUACAGAGGUGAUCUUCUUGAUUAUCAGAGUUUGCGUGAAGCAAUCAACGGCUGUGAUGGAGUUUUCCACACGGCUUCACCAGUUACUGAUGAUCCAGAACAAAUGGUGGAGCCAGCAGUUAUUGGUACUAAAAAUGUGAUUACAGCAGCAGCUGAGGCUGAAGUAAGACGGGUUGUGUUCACUUCCUCAAUUGGAGCUGUCUACAUGGACCCAAACAGAGACCCUGAAAAAGUUGUCGACGAGACUUGCUGGAGUGAUCCUGAUUUCUGCAAGAACACUAAGAAUUGGUAUUGUUAUGGAAAGAUGGUGGCAGAACAAGCGGCGUGGGACGAGGCAAGGAACCAAGGUGUUGAUUUGGUGGCAAUCAAUCCAGUGUUGGUGCUUGGACCAUUGCUUCAAAAUACUGUGAAUGCUAGUGUUCUUCACGUCCUCAAGUACCUGACUGGGUCAGCUAAAACAUAUGCCAACUCAGUUCAAGCAUAUGUGCACGUUAAAGACGUGGCUCUAGCUCACAUACUUCUCUACGAGACCCCUUCAGCAUCUGGCCGUUACCUCUGUGCCGAGAGUGUGCUUCACCGUGGUGAUGUGGUUGAAAUUCUAGCCAAAUUCUUCCCGGAGUAUCCCAUCCCCACCAAGUGUUCGGAUGAGACGAAGCCAAGGGUAAAACCGUACAAAUUCUCAAACCAAAAACUGAAGGAUUUGGGUCUGGAAUUUGCACCAGUGAAAGAAUGCUUAUAUGAGACAGCGAAGAGCUUACAGGAGAAAGGUCACCUUCCAAUUCCUACUCAAAAGGACGAAAUUAUACGAAUUCAGACUUAGCUUUAUUAUGUACCAUGAACCAAAUGUUGCACCUAGAAUUAUGCAAUUGAUCAAUUGGGUACUCUUUUUACGAUGUUCAAGGAAAUGUUUUAACUGUUUCCCUUGUUGUUACAAGUGUAAAGUAGCCCAAAACAUGAAUACUUUUACCAUGGAUUGCUAUUAACCUUUAUGUAAUAAUUUCUGUACUAUAUCUUUGGAGUGUUCAACUUAAUGAUCUAUCUUUCUAUAAUGGAAUGGUUGCGCUUUAGUGUUUUGGUUAUUGGUAAA